CCUGGCUCGGGGGCGCUGCCCUCUGGCUGCAGCUCGGUGCGCGCCGCUCGCUGGACUCCCUCGCCCCGCAGCAUGGACCCGGCUCGCCGCCUGCUGCCCCUCGGGCUCUGCAUCGCCCUGUGCCUGUGGGGCACCGUGGCCCAGAAUCAUGGCGUACAAGCUGUUCCCGCCCCUGCAGGUACCACUGGGGACUGCAACAACCAUCUGUGCCCAGCAAACGCCAAAUGUGUGAACAGCACCCACUGCACCUGCCUGAAUGGAUACCAGCCACAUGGGAAUCGCUUCUUCACCGACCCAACAGAGACCUGUGACGAUAUUAACGAGUGUCUGGGGCCGAGCCCGCCAGACUGCGGAGGUAACACAAACUGCACCAACGUGCCUGGCAGUUAUUACUGCACCUGCAUCGAUGGCUACGAGCCCAGCUCCGGGAAAGCCAACUUCACGCAUGCGAGUGAGAACAGCUGCCGGGAUAUUAACGAGUGUCUGGGGCCGAGCCCGCCAGACUGCGGAGGUAACACAAACUGCACCAACGUGCCUGGCAGUUAUUACUGCACCUGCAUCGAUGGCUACGAGCCCAGCUCCGGGAAAGCCAACUUCACGCAUGCGAGUGAGAACAGCUGCCGGGACAUUGACGAGUGCCAGCGAAACGCCACAAUCUGUGAGCCCCACGGGAACUGCAUCAACAUGCCAGGGACUUACAUGUGUAAAUGCAGUUGGGGAUUUGGGAAGAGUCAAAAGGAUAUGGCUAAGAUCUGCACAGACAUCGACGAGUGCAACAAGACCCCAGAUAUCUGUGGCCCCAACGCCACGUGUAUCAACACCAUCGGGAGCUACUGGUGUGAGUGCCGGGCCGGCUACGUCCCCUCCAACAGGAACACGACCCUGUGCCAAGACAUUGACGAGUGCCAGCAAAACGCCACAAUCUGUGAGCCCCACGGGAACUGCAUCAACAUGCCAGGGACUUACAUGUGUAAAUGCAGUUGGGGAUUUGGGAAGAGUCAAAAGGAUAUGGCUAAGAUCUGCACAGACAUCGACGAGUGCAACAAGACCCCAGAUAUCUGUGGCCCCAACGCCACGUGUAUCAACACCAUCGGGAGCUACUGGUGUGAGUGCCGGGCCAGCUACGUCCCCUCCAACAGGAACACGACCCUGUGCCAAGACAUUGACGAGUGCCAGCAAAACGCCACAAUCUGUGAGCCCCACGGGAACUGCAUCAACACGCCAGGGACUUACAUGUGUAAAUGCAGUUGGGGAUUUGGGAAGAGUCAAGAGGAUAUGGCUAAGAUCUGCACAGACAUCGACGAGUGCAACAAGACCCCAGAUAUCUGUGGCCCCAACGCCACGUGUAUCAACACCAUCGGGAGCUACUGGUGUGAGUGCCGGGCCGGCUACGUCCCCUCCAACAGGAACACGACCCUGUGCCAAGACAUUGACGAGUGCCAGCAAAACGCCACAAUCUGUGAGCCCCACGGGAACUGCAUCAACAUGCCAGGGACUUACAUGUGUAAAUGCAGUUGGGGAUUUGGGAAGAGUCAAAAGAUCUGCACAGACAUCGACGAGUGCAAAAAGACCCCAGCUGUCUGUGGCCCCAAUGCCACAUGUAUCAACACCAUCAGGAGCUACUGGUGUGAGUGCCAGGCCGGCUACGUCCCCUCCAACAGGAACACGACCCUGUGCCAAGAGCUCACCUGCCCCCCGCUGCUGGGUGAUGACAGCUCUGCCGGAGCCAAGAACGUCCUCGGCAGCUUCCUGGCGCGGGUGGGACAUCACUGCAAGGUGAUGCUGGAGGAGCUGAAGCAGAUGAAAUCACAGAACACUGAGGGGAAGCUGCAGGGCUUCUUGGACAUUCUGGAGAAGCAGAUAAAUCUGGUCGGGCAGCAGAGCGAGAGCGUAGAGUGGAGACACCGGAUCGCGACGGAGCUGAUGGCCCUAGUGGAGAAGCUGCUGAGAACGCUGGGUCGGACUGUGCGUGAUAGGAUCAGCAUCGCAUCCCCCAACGGCACAGAGCUGGGGCUGGCGGUCAGGCAGGCUGGGAACCAGAGCCAGGAGACCGUGACGCUGCAGCAGAGCAAGACGCAGAUGGAAUUAAAGUGGGCCGGAGCCCCAGGGCAGAAAAAUGAAGGCUUCACGCUGGCCGGGCUGCUGACAUACCAGGGGAUGAGCCCCAUCCUGGACGGUGCUGGGUGGGUGGAAGCACCCGAGUGGGACAAGAUCGGCCAGACGGGGAAGCGGGCACAGAAGCCGGGGCGGCUCAGCUACCGUGUGCUGUCUCCGGUGGUGUCGGCCUUCAUCAGUGACCCGAACCCCCAGGCACUCGGCCUCUCUGUCAGCAUCCGCUUCAGCCACCCGGUGCCGAAGAAGAAGACCGACCUGCGCCUCCUCUGCGCCUACUGGGAGCCUGACAGCAGGCGCUGGGCCACCGACGGCUGCACCCUGCAGAAGUUGAACGCCACCAUCACCCGCUGCCAGUGCAACCACCUGACCAGCUUCGCCGUGCUCAUGGCCUUCUACGAGCUGGAGGACUGGACCCUGGACGUCAUCACCAAGGUGGGGCUGGUGAUCUCGCUGCUGUGCCUGCUGCUGGCCAUCGUCACCUUCCUCUUCUGCCGCGCCCUCAAGGGCCCCCGCACCACCAUCCACCUGCACCUCUGCCUGGCGCUCUUCAUCGCCUACACCGUCUUCCUCACCGGCACCUCCAGCACCGGCAACAAGGUGGUGUGCCGCGUGGUGGCCGGGCUCCUGCACUAUUUCUUCCUGGCCGCCUUCUGCUGGAUGUGCCUGGAGGGCGCCGAGCUCUACCUGCUGGUGGUUCAGGUCUUCACCCCCCACGGCCUCAGGCGCCGCUACAUGUUCCUGCUGGGCUACGGCGUGCCGGCCCUCAUCGUGGGCAUCUCGGCCGCCACCUACAGCGAGGGCUACGGCACGGCGCGCCACUGCUGGCUCUCGCUGGAGAAGCAAUUCAUUUGGAGCUUCCUGGGGCCCGUCUGCAUCAUCAUCUUGGUCAACGCCGUGAUCUUCGUGGUCACCGUCUGGAAGCUGUCGCUGAAAUUUGCUGACAUCAACCCUGACAUGAGCCAGCUGAAGAAGCUCAGGGUGCUCACCAUCACGGCCAUCGCCCAGCUCUGCGUCCUGGGCACCACCUGGAUCUUCGGCAUGUUCCAGUUCAACCAGCGCAGCCUGGUCGCCUCCUACAUCUUCACCAUCCUCAACAGCCUGCAGGGGCUCUUCAUCUUCCUGCUGCACUGUCUGCUCAAGAAACAGGUGAGGGACGAGUACCGCAGGUGGCUGAGCUGCGGCAGCCUCAGGAGAGCGGCCAAGUCCUCCGAGUUCUCCAGCUUGACCACCACACGGCAGGGGCUCCAGCCGACGCAGGAGUCAGGGUUGUAGCUCUCUUGGCUCAGCCCAUUUCUGGACACCGCAGCUUUGCACAUGAGAAAACCCGGCCCCCUGCCCCUGGCCUGGCCCUGCCCAUGAGCAGAGACCCACCACGCACCUGGACUCGCCGCAUGCAGAUGCAUCAACAGUUGCCCAGUGGAACCUGCCAGGCAGCAGGGGGGCACCGUUACGCUGCCCAGCCGCCCCCACCUGCUGGGCACUCACCAGCCCCAGGCCUGCGCACUGCCAGCAUCACCAGCAAUAGCAACAGGCAGCAGGGCAGCCGCUCAGCUCCGACACGAUGUACUCUGGCCACAGGGGGCGCCUUUCCCUUCGGUACGAACGGGUCCUUGGCCCUGCCUGCGGUACGAUGCUGGGCCGGGCUGAGCACGGGCAGUGGAGAUUAACCCACCCCCCAGAGGACCCCGCCCUCCACCCAGGGCCUGCAGCAUCAGCCACCGCCCUUGGCUUCGAUGACGGUACGACACGGCCUGAGCUGAAGGAGGCAAGCGGCCCCAGCCCGCGGCGGCCCCCAGGGCUUGGCUGUCUGUGUCUCACUGGUGACUUUUUUUUUAAAAUUAUCUUUUUAAA